AUGAAGAUUUACCUUUUUUUCUUUAUUCUGCUCUUCUUUGGGGUCACAAUUUUACCAGCCAAAAAGAAAUAUCCCCAUUAUGGUAGCGUGGAUAUGAGGAGAGAGUGCAUAAGGGGUAAUGGUCGAUGUAAACUUGAGUGCCAUGAAAAUGAAGUUAGGAUUGCCUCCUGCAUAAGACCUGGAACUCACUGCUGCUUGCAGAACUAA